UGCAUGUUUGUGAAGUGGAAGUAUUUCGAGGUAAGUAAGGCAAAAGCAAAAUCCCGGGCUGUCUCGUUUGGGAUCUCACCCGCAUUCAUGAUCAACGGUUCCUCUCUGCUCCUGGUGCCCUCUCUGAAAGAAUGACGUAAGGGGUACCCAUUUUUCCCGUCGAUACCAAAUACGAGUACUUCUACUCAGCUGCAGAUGAGUAUAGGUACGGUGUAUAGGUACGGUGAUAUAUCGAUCAGACAUGCCACCGACUGGCAAUCGUGCGUACCUGGUAGAGAAUUGUUGCUCGGAAUGAUGCAUGACGCGAGCUCCAACGUGCCAUUACUGGAAGAUGAAGUCGACCAAGAACACCUGCAGGCUGGAAGAGAGUCUCGCCUGCUCACGUGGGCCCGCGAGCAUCGAUCUUCCAAUUGCAGCUGGAGGUGGCUUCAACUCGGGGCGUUAUUUACCACCAUCAUGGUAUCUGGACUGUUGGCCGGGGUUCUGAGUAAGUUGAUCGUGUCACGUGUGUGCAGCUUUACUAACACCCGUGACCCUACCAUCAGUCCUGCAUCCAUCUCAACAUACAGUUACCACCUGCUCCACGCCUGAAUGUAGGCAUAUCGCAGAGGAGCUCCAGAGGACAUUGUCUCCCAACUAUGAGCAUAUCGAUCCAUGCAACGACUUCCGAAACUUCACGUGCGCCGGAUGGGAUCUCCAUCAUGACCUGCGGGAAAAUCAGGUCGAUUUGCAAGUCGGCACGCUCAUGGCGGAAGAUGUUGAUGAGAUUCUGCGCCGUCUUUUAGAAACGCCGGAAAUCUCCUAUGAGGCAUCGUCAGACAGACAAAACUAUGAAAAGCUCACGCAUGCGUACUCUGCUUGCAUGGACGAGGACACGCUGCGAUCGGUUGGUGCAGAACCUUUACGGCAACUACUUGGACAGGUCAAGAAGCUCUUUACGGUCCAGGAGGAAACAAUAGCUUCAAAUGCUCAGUCCGGUCGUGCUCGGGUAGCUUUGGAAACCAAGCAGUUAUCCAAAGUAUUGACCUUCUUAGCCGAGAUCGAAGUAUCAGCAUUCGUCUCACUUUCAGUCCAGGUCCGUGGCUUCCAAACACAAAACUCACCGUAAACUUAUUAGGAUUAUAGGCAAACGAGAGAGAUCCAGGUUCUAUGACUAUAUACAUAGACCUGCCGAAACAUCCUGGUCUUCCAACAAGACAAUACUACACAGAUCUUGACACUGUUGAGAAGUACACGGAGGCCAUCAGCCAUGUAUUUCAAGGCUUGAAACUGAUUAACAAUGAUGGAAGCAGCCUUGACUGGUCCACUGCGGGGAAUUCAUCGAAGAAUCUUGUCGAUUUGGAAAUCCAACUGGCUGCCGCGUACCCCAGUGGAAUGGAGAGAAGCAACAUUAGCGAGUAUUAUAACUCCUUGACUCUGCAGGCCGCCGAUGCCCUAAUGCCACAAAUCUCCAUUCAAGACCUCGUUCUUGCACUGAGCCCCGAAUGUGUCCCGGAAUAUGUUAUUGUGAAAUUUCCCCGCUACCUGGAGGCCCUAUCACUCAUACUUGGCCGUACCGACAAGGUUACUAUCGAAAACUAUAUUCUGUAGAAAGUCAUUCAAAGCUAUAAUCAAUAUGUCGAAGACGAUGCUGUUACACCUCUGAAGCGUUUCAAUCGGUGGCUUGAGGGUCAAGAUCCAGACCGUUACAAGGCAAGAUGGAGAGACUACGUAAAGCAUGUCGAUGACAAUCUGGGUUGGCUGACAAGUAGAUUCUAUGUUCAGAAAACCUAUUCGGCAGAGGACGUGGACUUCGCAACUUCGAUAUGGUCACGCAUCAGUGAUGCGUUCAUUUCCACGCUCCGUCAAAUGGAGUGGAUGAGCAAGGAAGUGCGUCGGCUUGCCAUAGACAAAGUUCUCAAUAUCACAUAUAGAAUCAGCCAUCCCCUUUCUAGCCCCAACCUUGACGAUCCAGAGUCGGUACAGAUCUAUUAUUCUAGGGUAGAAAUCUCGAACCGAGAUUUCUUCGCCAAUGUUUUGUCAAUGACACGAGAUCGGGUCAGGCAAAUGUGGUUGAAAGCCGGCAAAGCUACAAACAGGGACGAAUGGAGCAGGUCCGCAACAUCAUCGUGAGUUACCUGCUCACAAUAGUCAUCGCUUAAUUAACCCAAUAGAACUGCCUACUACCGACACACAUCCAACGAAAUCAUUCUGCCCGCAGGAAUGCUGCAACCACCCGCCUUUUGGGGCGUCCAUGCCCCAAGAUACAUAACCUACGGCGCAUUCGGUUCGAUCGCUGGCCACGAAUUAAGCCAUGCCUUCGACUCAACAGGCCGCCAUUUCGACCAGACGGGGAACUACACGAACUGGUGGGACUCCCCAACCAUCGCCGCCUUCCAGCAACGGACACGCUGUUUCGUGACCCAAUAUGCAAACUACAGCAUCACAUCCCCUACCGGCGCGCAGCUCCAUGUAGAUGGCCAGCUCACGCUGAACGAAAACAUCGCCGAUGCAGGUGGUCUGGGUGCUGCAUUCGCGGCAUGGAAGCUGCACGAGGAGAUGGAGCCGGAUGACCUUCUCCCAGGUCUCGAGGGGUUCAGCAAGGAACAGCUGUUCUUCAUUGCCUAUGGCGGGAUGUGGUGUGCCAAAACGCGGCCGGCGAAUCUGGCGGAUAGGAUCUAUUCGGAUCCCCACGCGCCUAGCUUUGCGCGCUUGCUGGGGACGAUGCAGAAUUCUGGGGACUUUCGACGCGCGUUUCAUUGCGAGAGAGAGGAGCCUACUUGUGCGCUGUGGUGAUUGUUUUCUUGUCGCUGGCUAUAUUACCUGGAAGUCUGUUUCUUUCUUCCGGAAACUUCUCUAGGGACCGGUUAUGAGGUGUGAGCAAUUCACUUCAAACUUUGUCUUGAUAUGCCCCACGCAAAGCAAAUACUCCAUGGAAUUGGCAAAGAGCUCGGAUUAUAUAUCCCAGGUCUUGAGACGUAUGUACGACGGGAUUGUAUGUAUUGCGGAAAGGCGGGAAUGGGCUUGUUGACUCUUAAUCUAAUAGUAUAUCAAAAUAAGCGAGCUCUAAAUAAAG